AUGGAGUGCAACAGAGAUGAGGCUGCUAGAGCGAAAGCACUUGCAGAAAGAAAAAUGCUGGAUAAGGAUUUUGUCGGUGCAAAAAAGAUGAUUAUCAAGGCGCAGCAACUCCUCAAAGAAGUGGAUGACGUUGACAUUCCAAAAAUGUUAACUGUUUGUGAUGUUCAUUGUGCUGCUGGAGCUAAGGUGAAUACUGAGAUUGAUUGGUAUGGAAUACUGCAAGUACCUGUAAAUGCUGAUGACGCACUGAUAAAAAAGCAGUAUCGUAAGCUUGCCCUUUUGCUACACCCUGACAAGAACAAGUUUGGAGGCGCGGAGGCAGCAUUCAAAUUAGUUGGAGAAGCAAACAUAACUCUUACAGACCGGUCAAAACGUUCUGUGCAUGACAUGAAAAGAAACACCUUCAGGAGCGUUACAGCAAGACCCAAUCAUCAGCCACCAAAAAGACCUGCACCUGCUAGAUCUAGUUCUACUCCUGUGAAUCUCCAUAAUAUGCAUCAGCAACAUCUGCAUCAAGCCUCAAAUCCUACAGGGCCGCAAACAACAUUUUGGACUAUUUGUCCAGCUUGUGGCAUGAGAUAUCAGUACUACCUCUCGCUCUUGAAGAAGGCUUUGCGCUGUCAGAAUUGUUUGAAGCCAUUUAUCGCACAUGAUUUGAAGGACCAAGCUAUUCCUUCUGGGGCAAAUCAGCGAUCUGCUGGGGUUUGGAAAAAUGCAGGCGCACCACAGAAUUUUACAGGCCCUCAAUCAAAUGUCACUGGUCAGAAAGGUUGGUCUGCCACUCCAGGAGUUCAUGUUAAUAUCGGUUCUCAUCAUGCUAAUGUAAAUACAAAGAGGGAAACUAAUGGUAAUGCAGGUGGGCUGAAAAACAAAAUGAAAUCUGCCCGGGCCACCAGGAAUCCUUCAAAAGCUUCAACUGCUGGAUUGAAAAGGGGCAGGAGGGUGGCAUUUGAAUCUAGUGAGUCUAGCAUAUCAGAAACCAGCAGCGACAAUGAGGAAGAGGUUCUAAAACAUGGUCCUUCUGAAAAUAGUGCAGAGCCAGCUCAACAAACUCGCAGAUCUAGCAGGCAGAAGCAAGAAGUUAGGUAUAAUGAGGAUAGUGAUGAUGACGAUGUUGAAGAUGAUGAUAACACGGUUGAGGAUGAUUUUGUUGGCUCUCCUGCUUUGAAGAGGUUAAGAAGAAAUGGCCUGUUCCAUGGUGAUCACAGUACUAAAACAGCAAAGCUGAAUGAAGACACCGCUGGCCAUAAUGGUCUGAGUAACUGCAGUAACAUAAAAGAUACAAAGAACAGUGGUACACCAUGUGAAGAGAAAACUUCUAAUGGAGUUGAGCAGAUGAAGAGAGAAACAAUGCAUGCUCGAGAAAAUAGUGAUGGCAAAGAAGAGCUAUUUCAUUCUGUCAGCAACAAUGGUCUUGGUCUAAACAAUGAUGAUGCUUCACAUGACAAUAAAUUCACUUUCCCAGAUCCUGAAUUUUUUGAUUUUGACAAACUUCGAGACGCAAGUCAAUUUAGAGACAACCAGGUCUGGGCUGUCUAUGAUGAUCAAGGCUGUAUGCCUAGAUUUUAUGCUCGAAUCACAAGGGUAAAAAAGAUUCCAAAGUUUAUGCUGCAUUUUGUUUGGCUGGAGUUCAAUCCUGCAAAUAAAGCGGAGGAGGCAUGGUCUUACAGGGGUCUGCCUGUUGCCUGUGGACACUUUAAGCAUGGACAGUCAGAGACAACGGAAGAAACUGGUAUGUUCUCCCGGACUAUAUCAUUUGGGAGAAGCAAGACAAACAACUUCUAUGAAAUAUAUCCAAGAAAAGGUGAAGUUUGGGCCCUUUUUAAGGGAUGGGAUAUUGGUUGGAGCUCAGACGCUGGCAAUCACAAAAAGUUGAACCAUCAGUAUGAUGUUGUUCAAGUCCUCUCUGAUCUCACCACGAGCACUAGCAUUAUUGUCAUGCCGCUUGUGAAGAUAAAAGGCUAUGUUAGCUUAUUUAUGCAGUCUGGAGAGGCAGCUCCAUAUGUGAUACCUCAGGGUGACACACUAAGGUUCUCUCAUUGUGUCCCACAUCAUUUGAUGAGCGGAACUGAAAAACAAGGCAUUCCAGAAGGAUCUCUUGAACUUGAUCCUGCAGCGCUUCCCUUCAACUUGGAAGAGGCUUUUCCUUCUGCUAACGCAGAAUGCAGUUCUGUAAGAAGUCAGGGCCGUGACUCCAAACAUGCUGAAAUAAGAUUGCUCCAAAGGUUUUCACCUGGGCAGAUCUGGGCUCUCUAUAGUGAUAUAGAUAAAUUCCCCAAUUACUAUGCAUUCAUACAGAAAGUUGAUCUCAAGAAUGAUAAAGUACAAGUUAGAUGGCUGGAUGUCUGUCCUCAAGGAGAAAUGGAGAAAAGAUUGUCCCAAGAACGGACUAUUAGCAUUGGAACCUUUAGGCUUUCCAGUAUCCAUGAGAUGGUGACUUACACUGGUACAGAUGCCUUUUCUCAUCGUGCAGAGGCCAGAUCUACUGGCAGAAAAGGCGAAUAUGAAAUAUUUCCUCGUCUUGGUGAGAUAUGGGCGGUUUACAAAAAUUGGAGAGCUGGAUGGACUGCGCAGGAUUUUGAAAAAUGUGAAUAUGAACUGGUGGAGAUAUUUGGCUGUACUGAUUCCUCCAUACAAGUUCGGCUUGUGAGGAAGGUGGAUGGUUAUAAGAUGGUAUUUAUGUCAUACAGAGCAGCAGGUUCUGUGAAGACAAUAAGGAAGGAUGAUUACCCCAAGUUCUCUCACCAGAUUCCCUGCUUUCAUUUGACACAUGAAAAAGGUGGCCAGCUUCAAGGCUAUUUCGAGCUCGAUCCCCUAUCACUACCAGAGGGAUUUCUCUACUGA